AUGAGUUCUCCCGAGACUCUCAGUUAUGAAAGCGACACAGCCAGUGAGGAACGAACCCCAUCACAUCCAAAAAUCAAAAUCCAAGCCAAAUUCCAAAUAGCACGCCCACCCCCAAAAUCUCAUCAACGACUCCGACUCAGUCCCAAAUUACUCUUGCAAAUCCAGCAACUGCCCCCAAAUCAUCGACCAGUGCCCGUACUAGAAAUAUGGCAACCACCACUUCGCAAAUCAAAGUUAACAAGGGGAUUUCCUCAUCGCCCAAAACUCGGCACGAGGGAUAUCUAUGCGACACUCAAUGAACCUUAUGUCACCACUACACGACAAAAACAGCCAAAAGAAAUAUCAGAAACUAGCGAUCAAUGUACCCAAGAAAAAGAUAUUAUCGCAGCAAUGUGUAACCCAUCAAACGACGACUCAGCCUCGGCAAUCCACUUCCGGGACGCACGCUGUAUCUGGCAAGCCAGUCCAAACCCCAGCACAGCAGAAUCCGAGCGAGGAACCCGACCAUCAAACUACCGCUUCGUCAUAAAAAACACAGAGAACACCACCGGAUCCGAAGAAUGUCGAAUGCUAAUGCAAUGGGAGAAACGACCCCUCCCAAAUUCUAACGGUGAACAAGAUGGCGACGCUGAUCAGUUUGUUUUGGUGGCGAUUGAUCGAAAGGCACGGCGGAAGAGCAGGAUUGCGAGUAUGACUCGGGAUGGGGUGGAGAUUACUGUUCGGAAGAGUUCUGUUUUGGAGCAUUUGCGUUUGUGUUUGUUGUUGACGGAUCCUGUUGCUGAUUCUGGGGGUGAGGAUUUUUAUGGAAAUUUGGAGAAUUGGCUUUAUACUCAUGUUUUGACGCUUGGUGCUUGGGUUGCUUCUAUGGAGGGAUGGUUGAGUUUAUGA